UUAGCUAGAUAACUUGCAUUGACAAUGUGAUGCUUUAUUGGUAAAUCAAAUGUUUUUCUUAAAAAAGGGAAAAAAAAAAAGAGAAAGAGAAAGUCAACGUGAUUUGGAGAAAGUACAACGGCAAAACAGGAGGAAGACUGGGUAAAGGCAAAAUGCGAAAAAAAGAAGCAAAAAAUAACGGAAACAUGAAUGGUGAAGAUUAAAUAAAGGAAAGAUCAACAAAAACGGACGGUCCAGAAAUAAUCAACGGACCUGAUCCUCUCCUCUCCUCUCCGCAUUCAUCCCAAUUUGUUUAUUAAUAAUUAACAUUAACAAUACAAAAGCCACUUGAAGCUUCAUCAAUAUACAAGCUAUUCCACAAUCUCGCUCCUUCGUUCGCCGGUCCACUGCCGCUGCUUCACCACCACCGAGCUAAUACAGAACCGACAACGAAAUGUCGUGGCAAACUUACGUAGACGAACACUUGAUGUGCGACAUCGACGGCCAAGGCCAGCAUCUCACCGCCGCUUCCAUUGUUGGUCAUGACGGUAGCGUCUGGGCUCAGAGCUCCUCUUUCCCUCAGUUCAAGCCCCAGGAGAUUACUGACAUCAUGAAAGAUUUUGAGGAGCCUGGUCACCUUGCCCCUACUGGUCUACACCUUGCGGGCACAAAGUACAUGGUUAUCCAGGGAGAGGCUGGAGCUGUUAUCCGUGGAAAAAAGGGAUCAGGAGGGAUCACCAUAAAGAAGACUGGCCAAGCUCUUGUUUUUGGCAUCUAUGAGGAGCCUGUGACUCCAGGACAGUGCAACAUGGUCGUGGAGAGGUUGGGGGAUUACCUCGUUGACCAGGGGCUGUAGGCCUAGUCUAUCACAAUUGAUCACAUUUAUUUUGUGGGGUUACGAGUACUCUUUUGUUUCUUUUUUUUUUUUCUACCUUUUAUUUUCUCUCUUUUUUUUGAGCUCUGGUUCCAAGUUUGCACCCUCCUCUGUUAAAACCCUUGAAUUGGCAGAGCAGGUGUUGCAGACAAUAACCAUGUGAGAGCUAAGUUUGGCUGUUUGAUUUUCGCCUGUUUUGAGUUGCAUUACCUUGAUUGAUUUAAUGUGUAUUCUGCAUUUUCUCCA